AGUACUUACACGAGUAAUGGGACUGCUGUCCUCCGCUACCUCCUUACAUUCCUGUGUCUCUUUUUUCCCCAGGAAACUGCCCAGUUGGGACUUGUCCUGUCCGGGUGUCAUUCUGCCUUAAAAGCUCUUUCUGGUGUUUACACUGUAAUCUGCACACAGCUCACUUGGCCGCCGCAAUAAAAUGUCCCUGCACAUUGCUGUGUUACGUCUAAUCACCAUGGCAACAAAACAAUAAUUUACUCUUAGUUAAAAAUCAUAGCACGCACACACUGCCUUUGUGAGAGGGCUCCGUGUUCUCUUGCACUUUCUUGGCAUUUUUUUCCUCCUCUCCCCAACGCACUCGAGUAGGGCGAUUUUGGCACCAGAUGGGAGGGACUACAGAACGUGCAUCGUCGAUGUGGAAUAAGGCUACAACCCGGCCGCUCUCCUCCAGGAACGUGUUCGGUGGAAGGAGAUGAACUAGUUGCGAUUCUUCUCCCAUGGCUCGCACGCGGAUCAGCUUCACGUCUGGUGACUCGGAGGUGUCCGCUCUGAAGUGAAACGCUACAGCAGCUGCUAAGAGCAUCAGUAUAAUGGUCAACACAGAGGAAGGAGGGAUAGAGCCAUUGGCUGUCACCUCAACAGUCCAAACCCUGGGCAGAAGGCGUUUUUCACAGGAUGGCGAUCAUCUGAGUCCAGACGAGAUAGAUGGCCUCAUGCUCAACAGUGAUGGCCGUCCCUUCUCGUUGGUGCAUCAUCUCCUGGAUGUGAAGGAGGCAGGUGUACCCAUCUUACUACCUGGUACCCCUGUUACAUGUAGAGUGGAAAGCACCGAGCGAUAUACGACACGCUCUAAAGUCCGAGUGUGCACACUCUACACUGUGCGGCUCACACACAGCCAGUUCAGCUGGACUGUCAAGAGAAAGUACAAACGCUUCCAGGAGCUUCACAGAGACCUUUACAAGCACAAGAUGAUGCUUCACUUCCUGCCACUGGGAAGAUUUGCAAAGGAGAGGCAGCAGCUGCGGAUGAUGUCAGAAGAAAUGCCUGUCCUGAAUGGAAGUGAAAGGAACCGAAGUGCCUCCAGCAAACCGAAGUACCUUGAGGAGUACCUAAAUGGACUGUUGGAGAAUGCAUUUUGUAGGAAUGACCAUAGCAUGCUGGAGUUCCUUGACGUCAGCACGAUGUCCUUCAUCACUGAUCUUGGACCUAAAGGCUUGGAGGGUCCCAUCUUCAAGAGGUCAGGGGGUCAUCGUAUCCAAGGGCUGAACUGCAUUGGCCACCAUCAGUUCUGUUUUCGCUGGUCUUGCCGCUGGUUGGUUGUCAAAGACUCCUUUCUGCUGUAUAUGAACAGAGACAGCGGGGUCAUCUCUUUUGUUUUGCUCUUCGACCCCGAGUUCAAAGGUCGAGUGGGUCGUGCUUACACUGACACCAAAUAUGGAGUCUGCAUUGAGAACUUCACACGGAACCUGAUUAUCAAGUGCAACAGCUACAGACAGGCUCACUGGUGGAGUUAUGAAAUCAACAAAUUGGCAGAGGCCUGUGAAUUUCUCAAAACACAACGCUUUGAGGGAUUUGCACCGCCACGGAAGGAUACGCUGACUAAAUGGUAUGUGAAUGGUAGCAGCUACUUUGCAGACCUGGCUGAUGCCCUUGAACAAGCCAAGGAAGAGAUCUUUAUCACAGACUGGUGGCUCAGCCCUGAAGUGUUCCUGAAGAGACCAGCCAGUGACACAUAUUGGCGCCUAGAUGAGAUACUUAAACGCAAAGCAGAACAAGGUGUUAAGGUGUGUGUUCUGCUUUACAAAGAGGUGGAGCUGGCGCUGGGCAUCAAUAGUGACCACAGCAAAAGGACUCUAAUGAACAUGCAUCCCAACAUCAAGGUGAUGCGACAUCCUGACCAUGUUUCAUCUGUGGUGUUUCUGUGGGCCCACCAUGAGAAGAUGGUGGCCAUUGACCAGUCAGUGGCCUUUGUGGGGGGAAUUGACUUGGCGUUUGGGAGGUGGGAUGACGACCAGUAUCGACUGACAGACUUGGGGUCAACAGAGCUGCACAGCAGUGAAUGGGAGGCAGAGCCAAAGGAUGAGACCGAAGGCAAUGGGUUGACUGAGGGUUCCACGCUACCUGAAUCGGUGCAGCAAGAAGAACCGGACCUUGAGGAUCUGACUUGCAAUUCUAAACUGUGGCUGGGGAAAGACUACAGCAACUUUAUCAGGAAAGACUGGAUCCAGCUGGACCGACCAUUCGAAGACAACAUUGACCGCACUCAAGUACCUCGCAUGCCCUGGCGUGACUUGUCUGCAGCUUUUCACGGUAAAGCUGCCAGAGAUGUAGCCCGCCACUUCAUCCAGCGCUGGAACUUCACCAAGAUAUUUAAGAACAAGUACAAGGACAAGUUCUACCCCUGCCUGCUUCCCAAGUCUCACAACACUGCUGACCUUUUACCAUUCUCUGUGCCCGGGUCGAGGAAAGCCACGGUGCAAGUGUUACGCUCUGUUGAUCGUUGGUCAGCUGGAACCUGUGAAAACUCCAUCCUCAAUGCCUACAUCCACACCAUCGAAAACAGCGAGCACUACAUCUACAUCGAGAACCAGUUUUUCAUCAGCUGUGCUGAUGGGAAGAACGUGCACAAUGGAAUCGGUGAUGCGAUCGUGAGGAGAAUCCUACGUGCACACAGUGAGCAAAAGAAAUACAGGGUGUUCGUGGUAGUACCUCUGCUCCCUGGUUUUGAAGGAGACAUCAGUGAAGGAGGUGGGAAUGCCAUCCAGGCGAUACUGCACUUCACCUACAGGACGAUAUGCCGCGGAGAGCAUUCCAUCCUGUCACAGCUUAGUGAAGUUGAAGACCAGUGGACCGAGUACAUCACGCUGUGCGGCCUGAGAACACACUCCCAGCUCUCCCAGUCUCUAGUCACGGAGCUCAUCUAUGUGCAUAGCAAGACGCUCAUUGCAGAUGACCGUCGCUACAUCAUUGGUUCGGCCAACAUUAACGACCGCAGCAUGCUGGGCAGCAGAGACAGCGAGCUGGCGGUUCUGGUGGAGGAUGAAGAGAGAGUGCCAUCCACCAUGGGAGGAGAGGAGUACCAGGCGGGACCCCUCACGCUUGCCUUGCGCAAAGAGUGUUUCAGGGUUCUUUUAGGAGCUGCUGCAAACCCCAGUAUCAAUAUUGAGGACCCAGUCAGCGAUGAGUUCUUCUUCUUGGUGUGGAAUUCAACAGCUGAAACGAACGCCUCAAUCUAUGAUAAGGUCUUCAACUGCCUCCCCUGUAACACUGUCCACAACAUGCGAGAGGUGAAGGAGCAUUGCUGCAGGGAGCGUCUCUGUGACACGGACCCCGAGAAGGCGAAAGAGGAGCUGAAGGCCAUCCAAGGGCUUCUGGUCCACUUCCCUCUGAAGUUUCUGUGUGAAGAGAACCUUCUGCCCCCGCUGGGCAGCAAAGAGGGCAUGGCCCCCAUAGGACUGUGGACAUAACAGUACACAGUUAAGGAACCGAGGCUACUGUCCGUAUCAGCUAAUAUCAGCAGAAAAUGACUUAACCACCUACUACCAGAUGCCCCCCCCCCAUAUUUUCAUGUUAGAAAUAUCUAUCUUAAUUUAGAGUAAUUCCUGUUCAGUCGUCAAUAUGCUGAAGAGAAAUAUUCAUAAUCUUGGCUACAGCCUAACACAACUGACCCUAUCUUUUAAUCAUGUAUGUUUUUGUAUUUUUGUGAAACUGACAACUGCUCUGAAAAUAACCAUUUCAAUGCACAUUUUAGCAAAGUAACCUGUUAUAAUAACCAGAUGUGUUAUCUCAGCCAGUUUGUUCAGGGUGGUGGUGUUUGAUGUAUAGCUCCUGCAAUACAAGCUUAAAUAUAGGUCUGGUGGUGGUGGUGCAAAACACACAAAAAUGAAAAUACAGGCCUGUGGGCUUGAGCUUCAGAAGGUCAGAUUAAGAUUCAGGCACCUCAAACAGUAUGGGAGUACAACAUGCAUGGACUGGGUGGGUGGUUGGCUCUCUCUCGCUCUUCCUCGUUCUCAUGCAUGCCCCCUCUCAGCGCAGCGCCAGCAGAUCUUUCAGAACAUUUGUGGUUGUUAUGGCAACGGUUAAAAAAGAAUAAAGAGCCAACUAUAGUGUAGCUGAAAUAAAGAAUGGAAAAGACAGGAAAUAGAGACGACUGAAUGGUAAUGGUGGUUGAUUGGGAAGAUAGAAAGCAGUAUGUAGUACAAUGACUGACCUUUUUUCAAACAGUUGUAUUGAAAAGCUUCAUAAUGGCAUCGGGUAAAUGACCUGGUGAGAAAGGAUAAGAUUGUUAACAUGAUAGGCUGAUGUAGCAAUAGUUUCUGUGUAUUUUGAUGUCAACACAACAACUAAGUACAUCAUUAAUCACCUGGGUUGACGGAGGUCUGGAACAUCCAUGUGGUUCUAAGAAGGUUAUGUAACGGAGAGCCAUAGUAGAUGAUUCGGCCAUGGCGGUUUCAAUGUUUUAACCAUGAUCCUUUGUCCAUUUGCUGUCAAGUAUCAUGGAUUUACACCUUGUGUUAAUUUGCAUGGUUUAUGGAUCUGUUUAAGAUUGGGCUGAAAUGAGUUUCCUCUGUAGGGUGUCUGGGCUCAGCCUUAGAGAUAGGGUGAGGAGCUUGGACAUCCAGAGGGAGCUCGGAGUAGAGCCGCUGCUCCUUUGCGUCGAAAGGAGCUAGUGGAGGUGGUUCAGGCAUUUGAUUUGGUUGCCCCCUGGGCACCUUCCUUUGGAGAUUUACCGGGCACAGCCAACUGGGAGAAGGCCCCGGGAUAGACCCAGAACUUGCUGGAGGGACUACAUGUCCAAUCUGGCCUGGGAAUGCCUUGGAAUCCCCCAGGAUGAGCUGGAGGGCAUUGCUGGGGAGAGGGAUGUCUGUAGUGCCCUACUUAGCUUGCUGCCACUGCGACCCGACCCCGGAGAAGCGGCUGAUAAUGAAUGAAUGAAUGAAUGAAUGGAUCUGUUUAGUGGAAUUGCUUGAAGGUUCACCAGUAGGUUUUCUUACCAAAUGGUUUAUAUUAGGAGGGUGACUGAAACAUUGAAGAAUUAAGCAGACAUUUUGGACUCCACUUAGUGUGAUUCCCACAGAAGGCUGAAACAAGUCUGGAACAAUUUGAAUUCAUAUUAUUGACUGAAGAUUCCAUGAAUUGUAGAUUUCUGAUAUAAAAUUUUCAUGAGUAGGUGUAGUUAUCUAUUCUUUUAAUCUUUUUUUAUUAGUAAUUAAAUGGCUAGUGUCAGGUUAACUGGAAAAGUAAGUUUCAGACUGGUUUAGUGGUUAGUAAGGUAAUCCCCCAACGAUAAGGGCCCUGACCUGAUUUAUUGAUGCGUUUGGUACACGCUCUUAUUUUGAAAAUGCUUUUAUCCAAAGUGAAUUACAAGAGCCAGCAAUUAGCAGAUGACGUUGUCUUCUACUAUCUCAGAUCACUACACAGUACUAAUCAGUAAUCACUGGUAAGAUGGCACGGCAUAUCAAGUGCAAUUAGUCUAAGUGCCCAUAGAUAGAUUACUAAUACCAAGUGAUGAGAUUCAAAUUCCAAAUAAGCUAGACAAAGCCACAAGUCGAUAUCAAAGACCAAGAGUCAAGUGAAAAUGGUGCAAGUGAAGAAAGACAGCUGACUGACUGCGUGUUUCUCCUUUGAGAGAUUUGUCUGUGAAUGGGAGCAACGAAACAGACGUGUUUGGGCAAAUGAAGGAUCAAGCAAUGUUUCCUUCAGCCAGGGGUGACCUGAGCUGGCUUAAGUUUGGAUGGUGAAAUAGCAGAAAGGAGGGAACUUGAAAAUGUGGGCUGGAUUAGGAAAGAUGGUGGAGGUGAUGAACUGAAGGGAAUGGGAUCAAGAGGACAAUUUGUGGGACAGUGAGCGUUUGUGUUUCUUGGUUUCAGUUGGAGACAUUCAUGGAGGGCCCGGUAGUGAUUGCCCAUGUGGCCAUGUCUGUCAUGGACCAAGAUACUUCAUCCAUACCUGCUCCAGCAACACCACACAACCCGCCAACCAAAGAGGUUAUCGAGCGUGUUGAAGUGAUUUGUUUGGAAGCACAAUGUGAGACUUGAGAGAGUCACCUGCGAUGUCAUGGAUGUGCCCUUCCUUGGGGAGAGAAACAUGUAUGAGUUUGUCUGGAUGGACACUCAGGUCUUUAUGCCCUGUGAGGAAGGUAUGAAAUGUUUGAGUCUUUAUGAAAGAUGGUUGAUAAAACACCUUUUAGGGUUCUGUAAUCAUGGCUUUUGUUAACAUCUGAUCAUGCCCAAGUUACAGAGGGCAUUUUGAAGCCCAGCUUAAAAUGUUCCUAACAUGGCCAAAUUCUGUCAGUGGCUCUGUAAAGCACUGUCAUUAUUUCUCAACAUUCCUUCCAGCGUGCGUUUUGACUGCUGUGGAGGACAAGAGGAGCAGACAGGUGGUGUGCAGAACGCGGGACUGGAACGUCUUGAUGCUGUUUAAUGUUUGUGUUAAGUCUACACUCGGGCACAUUUGAACAGAAAUGCCAGUAAAACAUACAUAUUUGAAAACGGUGCAUUCAUGGUUACAGAUUCAUUCCCAGUUCCUGUUCCAGAUAUUCAACUUCUCAGUUAAACUUGAUUUGUUAGCAUUUUUUUUUAUGAAAUAUGAUGUGGUUGCUCCGUGUUGUGUUGUCCCCAUACAGAUUCUUAAAAAAUAUCUGACAUACUUUUGAGGUUGUUUUUUUUAACCAUUUACUGUCUUUUCCUUUGUUGGAGCAACAGUCAGAAGCAGUAACAAAUUGUUGAUAUUUUUAAUAGAUGUGAUUUUAAUAUUCCAUUAUUAU